AUGAAAUCCCUACAAUCAACACGGAAAAGUUUAUCUAUUCGCGCCUUACUUGAAGAUGAAAAUGAGGAGGAAGAAGAAGUGGUUGCAAACACUAUCCCAAAUCAAAAUGACUCAUUAACAUCGACAGUAUCAAGUAAUUUUGUCCUUAGAAGGCAAGCAAGUAAAAUUAAGGCAGCAUCAACUAGUCACAUAGAUACUAGAGUACUUCUUCAACAUAAAUCAACACCCGAGGAAGUUACUUCUGAUUCUAGCUGGAUACAAGACGUUUCAAAGAAUAGAGAUAAAUAUUUUGAAAAGAUAAUAUCAGAGUUUGACACUCUUCAUGAUCGUCUUCGGGAAACUGCAGACUCAUAUAAGGGAGAUGUGAGAUUAAUAUCUUCUUCUAGUCAAACAGUUGCUGAUUGGGAUAGUAUUCUCACACAAGACACUAAGGAUUAUAUUGGUAUUCUGAAAAAAGAAAUGGAAGAUCUUGUUGCUGCUCAUCAAGAACAAGACAGAGAAAAUAAGAGAAAGUUUGAAGAACAAAUUGAACAAAUAAGAAAAUUUCAUGACGAGCAAUUCCGAUUUAUUCAUAACAAAAGUGAAGAACUUAAAGCUAGAGAGUAUGCUGCAACAGAGAUAAAGGUUAGAAAUGAAUUGGAUAAACAAGAAUACAAGAUGAGACAAGAAAUGCAUGCCUACAAGAAGAAAUUGGAAACCUUUAUGGAAAAUUAUAUUCAAAAGGAGUUUAAACCUCACAUGGAAUUAAUGUUUGGAAAUGCUACUUCAUUGAUGGAUUUAUGUAAAAAACUAUCUCUAACAACCACAAAUACAUUGUUGAAAGAGGAAUGUGAUAAAGCAUUUAAGAGAAUUGACAGACUUUCCGUGUUUGACCUACCCAGUAAGCUCAAGGUAAUCAAGGCUGCAAUUUUAUCAAGCAGUAAAUUAGAUGCUGUCACUGCUGAUGCAGAAGUUCAGGCUGAUGAAACAUAUAUUUUCAUUGAUCAAAGUGUUUUACAAAAAAAGCUACACGCACAAUACCAAGAUAAGAGUGUCAUGGUUGGAGCUUACACAUAUGAGGGGUUCAGUCAGACAGAUCUUUCCUCACAAGAUAUUGACGCUCUACUAGAAUAUAAGGAAAAUCAUCUCUCUGUUAGAGAAUCAGUUGAGGAUGAUACAAAGCUUCAUCUAUCAACUGAUACUUCAGUAUCACCUUUUGCUAGCAUAAAUUCUUCAAUAGAUUCCGUUGCCAAGCAUCAAUUACACAAAAUUGUGUCUUCAGACAAAAAGAUCAGAAAGAAUAAGGCAGUAUCAAGAGAAAGUUCACCCAUUCCUUUGGUAAAACAAGCAUCUAAAACGAAUGCAAUGCGAGAUUCUGGAGACAAACAACCCAUAACGAAACAACAACGAGAAACGCCAAAUAAGGUUGAGCAUAAGGGAUUAAGGAAAUCGAAGCAAGAAGAGAAGCCCCAGACACCUCAACCACUCCAAAAUUCGAUUCAAACACCAAUCCACAGUCCAGUUCAUUCUCCAUCACACCAAUUGAUGUCAUCACCAAUUCAAACACCAAUGCAGAGCCCCAAUCGUACACCACAAGUACAUAACUCACAUAUUCAAACACCUAUCAAACUAUCAUCAUCUUCGUCCAUAUCGAUAUCCUCUCAAUCUCCAAUACAACCUCCUCUUUCCUUUGCAGGAAUGGAGGGAAAAGCCCCACCAACAUCCAAGCAACGAAUAGAUGACCAAAUUGAAGAGUUUGCGCCUCUCAAAUCUGAUACAGAGCCAAAUGUAUCUAAUGAACCCAAUGUAUCCAUAGAAAUAGAAACAAGGGAGAGCCAAACAUUACCACUUGAUGAAACUUUAGAAUUUAUUGAAGACAAGUCCAGCCCUCUUCCUCCUAUUGAAAUAGCAAGGGAUGUGGUUAAGGAAAGACCAAUUGAUAAUCCUGUUGACAUGUUAGAACAAGUCUUCUCGCCUCGUAAUGUGAAUGAGAGUAAAAAGACAAAGUCUAAAACUCCAGAGUUUACUAGAAUCAAAAAACAACAAGAGAAAAAGAGAGAAACGCCUCCUACAAAGAAUAAGAAUACAGAAGAUUCAACUCCUAAACCUUUACAGAAAAAGAAUUCUCAAACACACAAAAAAAGUGCCGAAAAAGAAACUCCACCAAAACCCCUUCCAAGGCUUUCAUUUGAACGUGUAAGAUCUGAUCCAACAGUUCAAGGAAAUAUCAGACAAUCAUUUCCUAUUGUGGCUUCACAAACAUCAGUACAAUCAUCUCAGUUCACUCAAACAACCGAGAGAUUAAUGUCUGUCUCUCCUAGAAUUCCAAUCAAACUUCCAAAACUAGAUCUUCCAGAAAGAGAAGAGGACAGUGAAGUUAUUUACUCUACAAGAAGUAGUGACUCAUCGGUAGCUUCCUCUGACUUUUUAGUCUCUGUUUCUCUAUCCACCAUUGUUCCAAACGAGAGACUACCAAGUGCAGUUAAGAAAAGAAAGAAAGUAACUGUGGAUCCCCCUAGAAAAUCUCUUCCAAAAAUUUGUGAAGCUGAUAGGGAGUUGAUUAAAAGAAUGUCAAAAGUUGGAACAUCAAUUGAUGAUCAAAUGAUUCCAAUUUUGGAAGAUUUAUUUGUUAGAGCAGAAAUUGAUCCAGUAUAUCAUUAUUCAAAGUUUACAAUGAAACAAAAGGAUUGCCUAAUCAUAACACACAAACUAUUUCCAGAAACUUUGGGAGGUCUGAACACAAUUCUCGAAGAAACUCCAAAAACUCCUCAUCUUUCUGUCAAGACAUCUAAGGGUGGUAGCUUUGAGGAGGAAUUUGACAAGUUAUUGAACUAUAUCUCGUACUUGAAAAUAUCUUACAAGAGGAAAGAGUUCAUGUUAACGAACCAAUUGAAAAGUUUAGAGGUAAAGGUGGAAGAGUUGUUAUCACAUAAUGUGGAUAUUAGAAUGGUUGGUGAAAGUUUGAGAUUUGAUCAAUCACAAUCAAUACAAAAACUCUCCAAUGAAAAUGUAAUGCUCAUACAAAAGAUUGAACAAUUGAAUAAGCAGAUCCAAGACAUCAUUACUGGAAGGUGGAAAUAUGAUGUGCACAAAAAAGAGUUAGUUUAUGUCAAAUUUGAAGAUGAGCCACCAGGAUCUGCAGAAGAAUUUACCUCAAUGAGUAGAGCAAAUGUUUCAAGACAAUCUCAAAAUCAAUUAUCACCAAAUAAUGAUAGAACACAUUAA